AUGACUUCGAAUCCCUCCGGCCCAGCCACCGGUCUGAACGCGUCGUCCUCCACCCAGCUCCCUCCCUCCCGUGCCACUCACGGCCUGGAAUCUCGCCUUGUACCCUCCCAAAAACGUGAGAUGGAUGGGCAGGAUAAAGACUCCUUCGGCCAAGGGCAUCCGAAUGACGCCCUAGGCCAGUUUUCCUUCGCCCCCACCACCCGCACAACCGUGGUGACGACAACCACCACUACCACCACAGCCUUUCCUCCUCUGAUGAUCAAACCUCCGCGCGCAGUCAAGGACCUAGACACCCGGCAGUACCCUCUCGCUUCGUCUCCAACCCCCGCCGCGUUGAGGAACCUCAAGUUCAAAAUCGGGGACCGACCGAUCGUGUUCAACGAGCCGGAAGACUCCGCCAGCGCUGUCCACGAGCUGAAGGAAAAGAACGACGCGUUGAAAACUUUGAAUGGUCUAAUUCGCUCCGUGAAUUCGUUUACUUCGGAAGGCGAGAACCCAUCCCGACGACUGGCACCGCCGAGAUUGUCGACCAACGCUUCAAGUCUCUCUCGACACCGGCCCGUCUCUCCUAUCUCCAUCCCCGAGCCACGCCUUUCAGCCUUGCCCCGAACCCGCUCCACUCGAAAUAUCUCUGAGCCGAUCUCGCGGCGUACCCGCACUCAUGGCGGCCCUACAUCCACUCACCUGUCGCCUGCUGGUUUGGUGACGCCAGAAACUGAACAUCAAAUGCCAGCCCCCGUGGAUAGCAUUUUUACACGGCAGAGAAUCAACAGCGCGGCUUUCCCGCGCAGUGAGCCUCUGCUCGGUUCACCUCUCUCAUCCGAGCUCGGAGCAGCUGGGGCUCCGCAACCCCCCAAUGUGGACUCUUUUUUGUCGAAUAGACAGACCAACACUCGCCGUGCAGGCUCUGCCUCGAGAAAUGGACCAAAUACUGAAGCCGAGGUGGACGGGGCAGCUACCAAUGAAUCGGCCUCGCAGCAGCCUGAUACGAGCGCAGAGCCUGCCGUGCAGCAGGAGCCGGAACAACUAACUUCGCUUUCUGCUAUUGAAAAUGCUCUAGCGCAGGACAUGUGUCUACCGAGCCCCAGCCUGUCUCCCGUGGCCGCCAUGAAUGCCAUGCAGGUCGACUCUUCGUUUGAAUCGGAGGGGCUUGAUGUUGACACGGAUUCCAGCCUAGAUCAUAGUAUCUCCCGCUUCCCGAAAGCUCUCCGAUCUGAAGAGACUGAUGUUUCACGGGCCCGCAGUCUCCAUUCGACCAGCGACCCAGCUUCACGUUCGACUUCUCUUCUGGAUAUGCCGAAGGUGCUGGAAUUCUUUGAUUCUGUGCCCGAGGAACUCAAAACAUAUCUCAUGUACCAGUUUCUUCGUCGGUGCCCCAAGCCUACUCUGCAUUUUGUGGCCGACAUUGUCAAUCCGACUUUGAAGUGUGAUUUCCUGGCUCUUCUUCCCCUUGAACUCAGCCUCAACAUCGUGAAAUAUCUUGAUGUUCAGACCAUGUGCCGUGCCGCUCAGGUGUCCAAGAAGUGGAGACACAUUGUUAACUCCGAUGAGAAGACCUGGAAAGAGCUUCUUGACCGGGAUGGCUUUGUGCUCUCAGACGGAGAACUAGAACGAGCCAUCAGAGAGGGUUGGGGUUGGCAGCUUCCUUGCGGUGUCGACGAGCCUGAAAAGAAUCUUAGCUCACAGUCGUUGGUCAAAGGCGAUCCAGAGAUGUCUCCUCUUCUUUCUUCAAAUUCUGGCCCAAGUGAUAGGACAUCUUCGUUGGGAUCUUUGGGAUCGACCCGGCGGUCUAAGCGCAAGGCAAACACUCGUGCCUCGAGUCGUAAACUUGCCAAGCGUAAGAUCUCGUCAAGCGGGAAUGCCUAUCCUGAACCGGAUUGGAAGAAAGACAUUGCUGCUUCGGAGGCUCCUUACGCAGCAGCCAAUGCAGCAGCCCUAGCUGUUCCCUAUCCGGAGAUCGGUCUUCCUUCGCUACGCGGCCUCUAUCUGCACAAGUCUCUCUAUCGCCGGCACCAUGCCAUUCGCAGAGGAUGGAUGAAACCGAACGUCAAGCCUCAGCAUAUCGCUUUCCGUGCCCACGACCGUCAUGUUGUAACCUGCCUCCAGUUCGACACGGACAAAAUCUUGACCGGAAGUGAUGACACUAAUAUCAACGUGUACGACACCAAGACCGGCGCAUUGAAAGCAACUCUGGAAGGCCACGAUGGUGGCGUUUGGGCUCUUGAAUACCACGGCAAUACCUUGGUGUCCGGAUCCACCGAUCGCUCGGUUCGUGUGUGGGAUAUCGAGCGAGCUAGAUGUACCCAGGUCUUUCAAGGCCACACCUCCACCGUCCGGUGCUUGCAGAUCGUUCUUCCCACUGAGGUAGGCAAGGAUGAGCACGGUCGUCCCGAGAUGAUGCCCAAGCAUCCACUCAUCAUUACCGGGUCUCGUGACUCCAAUCUGCGUGUGUGGAAGCUCCCAAAGCCUGGGGACCCUGUGUACUUCCAGAACGGAAGUCUUAUGGAUGAUUCCGACUGCCCAUACUUUGUCCGCGUCCUUACUGGCCAUCAGCAUUCCGUUCGUGCCAUUGCAGCUCAUGGCGAUACUCUUGUUAGUGGAAGCUACGAUUGCACGGUGAGGGUGUGGAAGAUAUCUACUGGGCAGGUCUUGCAUACGUUGCAGGGCCACUCCAUGAAGGUGUACAGCGUGGUCUUGGACCAUGCGCGUAACCGCUGCAUCAGUGGUGCCAUGGACCACAUGGUCAAGGUGUGGUCGCUGGAUGACGGUUCCGUUUUGUAUAACCUGGAGGGCCAUACAUCUCUUGUCGGCCUUCUCGCCCUGCAAAACGAUCGUCUUGUCUCAGCCGCUGCCGAUUCCACCCUUCGAAUCUGGGAUCCUGAGAAUGGCCAGUGUAAGAGCAUGCUAAGCGCGCACACUGGUGCUAUCACCUGCUUCCAGCAUGAUGGCCAAAAAGUCAUCUCAGGAUCGGAUCGGACUUUGAAGAUGUGGGACGUGAGCAAUGGCGCGUGCGUGCGCGACCUGCUCACCGAUCUCACUGGCGUCUGGCAGGUCAAGUUCAAUGACCGGCGCUGUGUUGCGGCAGUGCAGCGUGACAACCUCACAUACAUUGAGGUUCUCGAUUUCGGCGCUGGGCGGGACGGCCUGCCAAAAAGUAGACUGGGCAAACGGACAGUCGUCAACCGGCGCGGACGAGAGCUACUGAACAAUGACAAUGACGACGAUUCCGACUAA